GGGCGGGUACAAAAUCCUCGGCUAUUGGAUGAACGACCCCUUCCGGCCGCCCACAAGGUUUCCGGCCUCUUCUCCAUUUUGGCGGGUGCUGCUAACCAAUGUCUUCCCGAGUGCUUGUGAUUGGCAAUGGAGGGAGAGAACAUGCGCUGGCCUGGAAACUGGCCCAGUCUCAGCGUGUCAAACACGUAUUGGUCGCUCCAGGAAACGCAGGAACAGCAAGUCUUGAGAAGAUUUCAAAUGCAGCUAUCUCAGUCAACGAUCACACUGAACUCGCUCAGUUCUGCAAGGACCAGGAGAUUGAACUUGUAGUCGUUGGUCCAGAAGCUCCUCUUGCUGCCGGGAUCGUGGGAGAUCUGACAGCGGCUGGGGUGAGAUGCUUCGGGCCCACGGCGGAGGCAGCUCAGCUGGAGGCCAGCAAAAGGUUCGCCAAGGAGUUUAUGGACCGGCACGGGGUCCCGACCGCGAGAUGGAAGGCGUUCACCGAUUCUCAGGAGGCCUGCGACUUCAUCAGCAGUGCAGACUUUCCCGCCCUGGUUGUCAAGGCCAGUGGUCUAGCUGCCGGAAAGGGAGUGAUUGUAGCUACAAACAAAGAAGAAGCCUGCAAAGCAGUUCAAGAGAUCAUGCAGGAUAGGGCUUUUGGCGGUGCUGGAGAAACUGUUGUUAUAGAAGAACUCUUAGAAGGAGAAGAGGUGUCGUGUUUGUGCUUCAGCGAUGGUAAAACCGUGGCCCCCAUGCUGCCUGCACAGGACCACAAGCGCCUGAUGGAUGGAGACAAAGGCCCAAAUACUGGUGGGAUGGGAGCUUAUUGCCCCGCGCCUCAGGUUUCCAAGGAUUUAUUUUUGACAAUCAAGAACACAAUUCUUCAGAAAACAGUGGAAGGCAUGCAGCAAGAGGGUACUCCAUAUGUGGGAGUGCUCUAUGCCGGAAUCAUGCUUACCAAAGAUGGCCCAAAAGUUCUGGAGUUUAAUUGCAGAUUUGGGGAUCCAGAAUGCCAGGUUAUCCUCCCCCUUCUCAAAAGCGAUUUUUAUGAAGUGAUCCAGUCCGCUUUGGACGGCCAGCUCAGCGCCCACGUGCCCGAGUGGCUAGAUGACAGCGCCGCGGUGACCGUCGUCAUUGCAAGCCGGGGCUAUCCCGGCAGUUACGCCAAGGGCUUGGAGAUAACAGGCUUCCCAGAGGCAAAAACUUUAGGGCUGGAGGUGUUCCACGCAGGCACGACCCUGAAAGAAGGGAGAGUGGUCACUAACGGAGGCAGAGUCCUGAUGGUGACUGCCAUCCGGAAAGACCUGGUGUCCGCCCUUGAGACGGCCAAUAAAGGACUUGCAGCGAUCAAGUUUGAGGGGGCCAUUUUUAGGAAAGACAUUGGUUAUCGAGCGAUAGCUUUCCUCAAGCAGUCCAGAGGCCUGACGUAUAAGGAAAGUGGAGUGGACAUUGAGGCUGGCAAUGCACUGGUUAAGAAGAUUAAACCUUUGGCAAAAGCCACCUCCAGAUCAGGCUGCAGUGUAGAUCUCGGAGGAUUUGCCGGUCUCUUUGAUUUGAAACUAGCUGGUUUCAAAGAUCCUCUCCUAGCAUCGGGGACAGAUGGCGUCGGAACCAAACUGAAGAUCGCACAGCUGUGUAACAAGCACGACACCAUCGGUCAAGAUUUGGUGGCUAUGUGUGUCAAUGACAUUCUGGCCCAGGGGGCAGAACCCCUCUUCUUCCUUGACUACUUUUCCUGUGGAAAACUGGACAUUGACACAGCAGGUGCCGUCAUCACUGGAAUAGCAGAAGCGUGUCGGAAGGCAGGCUGUGCUCUUCUGGGAGGCGAGACGGCCGAGAUGCCCGGGAUGUAUCCUCCAGGGGAAUAUGACCUGGGAGGCUUUGCUGUCGGAGCCAUGGAGCGGGACCAGAAGCUUCCUCGCUUAGAGAGCAUCGUCGCCGGGGACGUCGUCAUCGGAGUGGCUUCCUCCGGGCUUCACAGCAACGGGUUCAGCCUCGUGAGGAAAAUUGUGGAGGCGUCUUCCCUCCACCUCUCCUCCCCGGCUCCUAGUGGAUGUGGGAACCAGACUCUGGGGGAGCUGCUGCUGACCCCGACCCGGAUCUACUGCCGUACGCUGUUACCGGUCCUGCAUUCAGGACGCGUCAAGGCCCUGGCCCACAUCACUGGAGGGGGGCUGCUGGAAAACAUCCCCAGGGUCCUCCCUGACAAGCUGGGAGUGCGGUUGGAUGCGCGUGGCUGGCAAGUCCCCGCCAUCUUCUCGUGGCUGCAGUACCAGGGACGCCUCUCGGAAGAAGAGAUGGCUCGGACCUUCAACUGCGGCGUGGGAGCCGUCCUCGUGGUCCAGAAGGACCUGGCGCAGCAGGUGUUGCAGGAGGUUAAACAGCACGAGGAGGAGGCCUGGAUCAUUGGCAGAGUGGUCACUUGUCCUGCAGGUUCUCCCCGCGUCCAGGUCGAUCAUUUGGUUGAAGCCAUGCAAGUAAACAGGUCGUGUUCAUUGACAAAUGGUUCCUUACACAGCCACCUGCAUGACCAGCCGAAAAAGGCAAGGGUGGCCGUCCUGAUAUCUGGAACGGGUACCAACCUACAAGCGCUAAUAACCAGUACCAAGGAACCAACCAGCUCUGCACAAAUAGUCCUUGUCAUCUCUAACAAAGCAGCUGUGCUUGGGCUAGAGAGGGCAGAGAAGGCUGGUAUUCCUACCAGAGUCAUCGAUCACAAGUUGUAUAAGACCCGCGCCGAGUUUGACAGCACAGUUGACAAAGUCUUGGAAGAGUUCUCUGUUGAGCUGGUCUGUCUCGCAGGCUUCAUGAGAAUCCUGUCUGGCCCCUUUGUCAAAAAGUGGGAUGGGAAAAUGCUGAACAUCCACCCUUCCUUGCUCCCAUCUUUCAAGGGUUCAAAUGCCCACGAACAGGCCCUCGAAGCUGGAGUCAGAAUCACCGGCUGCACCGUGCACUUUGUAGCCGAAGAAGUAGAUGCUGGACAGAUCAUCCUUCAAGAGGCUGUCCCCGUAAAGAGGGGUGACACGGUGGCUACCUUGUCGGAACGAGUCAAAGAGGCGGAACACAGAGCUUUUCCUGCCGCCCUACAGCUUGUGGCAAGUGGAGAAGUACAGCUGGGGCCAACAGGCAAGAUUGUUUGGAAUUAAAAAGAACUGAACGGCUCUGAUUCCGUAAUGGAGCAGUAGCUGAGUUUUGCUGGAGGCAUGGUAAGAUAUGCCCGUGGUACUCGUUUCCAGAUGGUUCCAGCUUUCACGGUGUGUUUAGGAAAGUUCGAGCUCUCCCAGCGCUUAAGAUAGUGCUGCACACACCGUAAGUGCUUAGUAAAUUCCAGUUCUACUACUCUCUUUAUUCCUUUCCCCUUUCCCCAUCUAAUUCAGCAGGAUCUCCCUAGCUCACCUUGUCGUUGUCCCAUCAGAGGCAUCGUCUUGACGGCCGCCACGUGGCAGGCCUUGGGGUUCUCGACCUUCCGGUGUGGGUCCACGAGCAAUCAGGGGGAUAUCAGCCCAAUAUUUUCCCCUCAUCGUCGCCAGCUGUUAUUAAACAUUCUCCUGCAUCCCUA